GGACUUCCUGAUGGCAUGGCAAGUGGGUGGGAACCACAGAUGUGUGUCACACUACAAAUAUCACUUCCCUGUGAGCCAACUAAGAGUUCUGGAUUACACCUGUUCAGGAGUACCUGUUCAUAUUCAUGAUCAAUCACUUCUAGAAAGCAGUUCAAGUUCCUGACUUAUCUCUUGUCUGUUUCUGUGCAGAGAGGGCCAUGCUGUACAUAGAGUUGAUCAGGUUGUGGGAUGAGGCCGUGCGGACAAUAGACAGCCGGGACUGGCAGGGCGCUCUCACUAUACUAAACCAGAUCACAGAUCACAACUGUCGCACUAUGUUUGUGGUCGCGUCAACACACAUCGCCCUGGGUCAGGUGGAUUUGGCCAUCAAGGCUCUCGACCAGGUAAUCGCAAAGGAUUCAUGUCUUGCUGUGGGAUUUUUUCAGAGGUCUGCUGUUCAUAUGAUGGCAAACAGGCUGGAGGAGGCACUGUCUGAUUGUAUAUCGGCUCAGAAAUACAUGAGGGAAAACCCUGUCAUUGACUACAAACAGCUGGGUCUUCGCUAUAAAAUGUACAGCUGGCAGGUCCUUUAUAAUGCAGCAGCCGUUCACUCUAGACUGCAACAAUGGGACAAAGCCAGCAAUAUUUUGCUGGCGGCCUCACAGGAGAGAGGAGCUGGCCGAAGCAACCUAAUAGACACAGCUCUAGAGGCUAUUUAUAGGAGAGAGGUUUUGGAGCCUCUCCUGGUGCCCGAGGGUGAAGUGUUCCGUCCCAGGAAACAGGAAGUAGACCAGCUUAAACCGAGGGACUUCUUGGGUGAAGCAAAGGUCAUCACUUCUUUAAUUCCAAAUGAUGACUUCAGGGGCUUUGAUCCUCUCAGACCACAGAAACCAGGGUACUAUGAGCCAAAGGUCAUUGACGGCCAGGACUCUCGUUACAUGGUAAUGAAGAGUGCUUAUGUGGCAAAAGGGGCAGGGGAGCUAACAGUGCCUGCUGGAGCAGAAGUGUUUGUGUAUAGUGAUGAAGACAAGGAUGGGCUGGCAGUAGUCAUUUAUGAUGGAAAGAGAGGUCUGGUUCCCAAUUUCCUGCUUGAACCAAUGGGCAAGAAAAACAAGGCUAAAUACAAGCGAAUUGAACCCGCCAAUGGCAUCCCACAUCCACCAUCCCUAAAACCCCCAAAUCGACCUCAAGGUCCAACUCAACGUCCAUUAGAGUUUCACCCCACCUGUGCCGGUGCUACCCACACAACUCCUCCAACGACCAGCAACUCAAGCCGCGUCCCUCCGCAGCAGCCCCAAACUUCACCACAGGACUCUGGAUCAGUCAUAGUCAAGGUGCACUAUACAUACACCAUAGCUCUGAGAGUCCCUUUAGAAACUCCUUUCCGGGAUCUGCAAGAGAAAAUCGCUCAGAAAUUAGGACAGCCUGUGACGAACAUUCGCCUCAGACACAGAAGGCAUGGUACCAAAGUACUAAUGCCCCUAAAUGGUGACGAUGGACUGGAUAGCUUAGAGGAUGUGGCUGAAUCAGGACGUGCCAAAAUUUGGUGUCAGAAUGAGGACCCUCUGGCCAACAGGACCAUUCUUUAUCAGAUGGUGGCACUAUAUGACUACAAUGCACAAGGCCCAGAGGAUUUGGAAUUCAGUGAAGGCGAUACAAUUGACAUUCUCAGUGAAGUGAAUGAGGAGUGGUUAGAAGGGCACAUUGCUGGAAAAAUCGGCAUCUUCCCUAGAAGUUUUGCUCAACGGGAUACAGAGAGCAUCAGUGGGGCAUCAACAGAUUGACACAGCCUUUAAACAUAUACAGUUGCAGAACUUUCUUAUGUGCAGCGACAGUAUAGAGGCAUCCAUCUGCUGAAAUUAAUGACAGUAUUUAUCAGAAAUGUUUUUUCUUUAUGCCAAAUUGUGCCUACUCCUGACUGCUGUUUCUAUGAACAUGAUCACAAUAACUUUUGAGCAUGGAUUUUGAAAGAUUAAAUCAAAAUAAUUUCUCCUCUCCAUAAUUUUUUAAUGUUGCAAAGGUAUUUAAAAAUGAAUUUUCCAUUACAUAACAUUUUCUUUGAUUUAUUUUUCCAUUUACUUAAUGAAAUUACAGCUCUCUUUAAGUGCUUUUAACUGGAAAAUAAUAUCAUUUGGAAAUUUAAGCUGUCUAAAAAAAUAUAUUACUAUGUAUAAUGGUACUGGAACACCUAAAUUCUGUUUUUAGAUGCCAAAUGGAAACUCUUGGCUCUCUUUACAGAGUAAGUUCAUUUAAUAUUAAUAGAAGAGGGAGAAUUUCAGGUACUUUUUGAGAUCACAAAACAGGGCGGCUAGAGGCCAAAACCAGAGUUUUAAAUAGUGCUCCAUAGGAUGUCAUCUUCAGUUUAUAUCAUUACCACCCACCUCUUCUUAACCUGCAGCUGACACGGUAUCUAUCAUAUACAAACUGAACAGCAAUGCAGCAGAAAGAGAUGAUUUAACUUGAAUCACACCCAUACAAUAUAGACUGCUGGCAGAUUUUAUUUCAGACUUGGUCAGAUGUCAUAAAAUGGCUUUUAAAUCACCACUGUCCUGUAGUGAGAGCUAAAUACACCUCAGCAAGGUAUCCGUAAUGCAGUGUUUAAUGGCGUGGUGUGCUCUGUCAGACUGGGCACUGGGGCAUGGCACUGCAGCAUACGAUCCCUCUGCUCUUUUAUAUUGCGGUAAUUAUGGCGUUGGCAGAGCUCAGCGUGACGCGCAUUUCCCUCAAUUCCCAUUAAACAUUCUGCUAUAAAUCAAAGCCGUACCACAUUCUGACCCAACGUUUACCGAUCAGUUCUUCCCCUCCUGCCUUCUGUCCCUGGUUUAUAUUUGUUGAAGAGUGAAAAUUUGUGUUGCAUUUAUGAGCUGUUGUAAACAACAUUGUAUAAGUGUCAGGGAGUUAUACAGUUUAACAUGUUUUAGUGUAAAAACGACCUUCUGUCUGUUUUUUUAUAGGGGAUGUAAGGGAAUUGUAUUUUGGUCUUCAUGUAGUGCAAUCAAUGGUGGCAAUUUAAUGGCCUUGACAGCAUAACCUGUCGUAAAAGUUACUUGUCUAUUCAGUACAUCACUCGCUUGGUACUCAAAAGAUUAUGUAGGACUCUUUAUCCAGAAAGUUGAGAGCAUAAACCGGCCAACUGUGGUGGUGCAGGGAGAAAUCUGGAGUCUUGGUUUUAAGUCAAGGAAACAAGAAUUACUCAAAUUAGGUUAAACCAUCCAAACCACACAUCUUUGUUAAAUCAGUGUCUCAAGAAUACAUGUUGAGAGAAAGGAAGGACAGGGAAAGAUAUUUGGUAUUUCAGCACCUAAUUGAAUUACUGGCAGACAGUUUGGAGCACUUUUAAACGUGUCUGUUUGUUUGAUGAGUCUGUAGUUAUGUGUGACUUACAGCUAAGGUGUAAUACACUAUCUUCUGCAAUGCAUAAAGAUCAGUGAGCAUCUCGAUUGUCUCAUUUAGGCCCAUUAAUUGUUCAUUAAUUUCUGCUACCAUGCUCUGAUGCCAAGAGCUGUAAUUGCAAAUUAACAAUGAAUUUGACUCCUUUGCUCCAAUGCCACCAUCUUAAAGGGCUGUAAAUCAGUGGGUUGGAGAUCCAGAAGGACGAAGAAAGUUCAGCUGAGAAGGUCUAUACAUUUGUAUAGUCUCAUUUUAAUCUUAAAUUUACCUUUUAAAACACUCAUUUAGCUACUGAUGUGAUUGUAAUUUAUUUCUUUUAAUUAUUAGUACUUUCUUAUUUUAUGCUGUGUUUCAUUUGUAUUAUUGUUUUAUUUAUUAAGUCACCAUGAAAUCAAAAUGGACUUUUUUAUGGAAUAUUGCAAUAUUUAUUAUAAAUUUAUUCAUGU